GCAGGCAAGAACUUGUGCUGUUUCACCAAUUCAAUUUCUUAGGGCUGGGGUUCCCUGCUCAAAUUCUCCACUGUAAACUCAGUUUUUCCACAGAAAAAUGGUGGAAUCGAAGUCGGAGGUCUCCCAGCGAAUCGUUAAAAUCGGCCAACGAUUUGCCUCUCACAAAGCUUGCCCCGGCAAAGACGCUCUCGUCAAAUUACUCAAAGAAGCUGUAGAUGCUUUGGAACAGCUAGAACAGCCUAAACCAGAUAGAGAAAAAGCUCUAGAUGCUUUGGAACAGCUAGAACAGUCUGAAUCAGCUAGAGAAGCUGUAGAUGCUUUGGAACAGCUAGAACAGUCUGAAUCAUUGAAAUCUAUGUUGACUCCUUUAAGCAGAUCUCUUGUUAGAUUUGCUCUGCUAAAGCACAAGGAUAGAGAUGUUAGACUUCUUGUUGGUAUCUGCUUCUGUGAAAUUCUCCGGGUCUUGGCACCAAAUCCUGAUUUCAGUGAUGCAACUUUUAGGGGUAUUUUUAGACUUCUAUUAAGUAUUUUUGCGGAGCUUGAUGAUACCAAACACGCCUUCUUUGAUAAAAGGGUUAAACUGUUGGAAACUGUUGCAAAGCUCCGUUGUUGUGUGCUAAUGCUUGAUUUUGGUUGUGAAGAUUUAGUUCUCAAAAUGUUCAAAACCUUUUUCAGCAUUGUGAGGGACCACCACCCAUUGAGUAUGGUUCAUGCUAUGUCAUCUAUAAUGACAGCUGUUUUGGAGGAGAAAGUGGUGGAUAACAGCUCUGAGCUGCUUUCAUCUGAAGGAAAUGUAUCUGAACCGCUUCUGGAUGUGAUCUUGCAAAAUCUCCUGAAAGAAACAAAGGAUAUUUCUGCUUCCAAACGGUUGGCUGUUUACAUCAUUCAGAAUUAUGGUGGCAAGCUUGAGCACAUUAUUGCUAGGUUUUUAAGAUCUUGUAUACUGAACAGAGAUGCUGUCGGAAGCAUGGUGAAAGAAUAUUACCACGAGAUUAUAUAUGAAAUAUUCCAUUGUGCUCCUCAAAUGCUUAUAUCUGUCAUUCCUACCUUGACCAAUGAAUUACUGACAGAUCAAGUAGAUGUUCGUAUAAAAGCUUUAAACUUAAUUGGGAAACUUCUUUCAUUGCCCGGAAACCAUGUUGCCAAAGAUUAUCGCUAUCUCUUUAUGGAGUUCUUAAACAGAUUCUCUGAUAAGUCCGCUGAAGUGAGGCUCAAUGCUCUUUCACAUGCAAAAACUUUGUACAUAGCCAAUGAACUGGAGACUGAAAUCACUAAAUCAUCUCAAAGGCCCAAAACUGAAGUUCUAAGUGCUCUUGAAGGUCGGCUCUUAGACCUUGAUGAUGGUGUGAGGGCAAAAGCAGUGACUGUGCUGUGUGAUUUGGCAAAGAAUAAUUUUAAAUCAUUCCCCUCUACACUAAUUUCUCUUAUUGCAGAUAGGCUGCGUGACAAAAAGGUAUCUGUCAGAACGAAAGCAUUGAAGAAGUUGCUUGAAGUCUAUCAGGAAUAUUGCACAAAAUGCGCUUCUCAAGUUUUGGAUCUCAAUGACUCCUUGGAACAGAUUCCUUGCAAAAUUUUGAUGCUUUGCUAUGGAAAAGACUGUGAAGAGUUCAAGCCUGAAAAAGUGGAGCAUUUGCUAGCUGAGGAUCUAUUUCCUGCUUCUCUUUCAACUAAGGAGAUAACUAAGCACUGGGUCUUCAUUUUCUCACUUUUUACACCUCCUCAUCUGAAGGCGUUGAACAUCAUUUUAUCUCAAAAACGAAGGUUGCAAAAGGAGAUACAAGACUACUUAGCUCUCCAGAACAGAGAUGAUGACCAGUGCCUGGAGGACAUUGAAAUGAAAAUUAAGAUAUCAAUUGUGAAAAUGUCAGCAUUGUUCACAGAGCCUGCUAAAGCAAAAGAGUGCUUUCAUAAGCUGGACAAAGUGAAAGAUAAGGGAAUAUUUAAUGCACUGGAAAAGGUGUUAACUCAAGUGGCUGGAGGAAAUGCUCAGGUGAUAAGGACAGAUCAAGUAGAUGUUCGUAUAAAAGCUUUAAACUUAAUUGGGAAACUUCUUUCAUUGCCCGGAAACCAUGUUGCCAAAGAUUAUCGCUAUCUCUUUAUGGAGUUCUUAAACAGAUUCUCUGAUAAGUCCGCUGAAGUGAGGCUCAAUGCUCUUUCACAUGCAAAAACUUUGUACAUAGCCAAUGAACUGGAGACUGAAAUCACUAAAUCAUCUCAAAGGCCCAAAACUGAAGUUCUAAGUGCUCUUGAAGGUCGGCUCUUAGACCUUGAUGAUGGUGUGAGGGCAAAAGCAGUGACUGUGCUGUGUGAUUUGGCAAAGAAUAAUUUUAAAUCAUUCCCCUCUACACUAAUUUCUCUUAUUGCAGAUAGGCUGCGUGACAAAAAGGUAUCUGUCAGAACGAAAGCAUUGAAGAAGUUGCUUGAAGUCUAUCAGGAAUAUUGCACAAAAUGCGCUUCUCAAGUUUUGGAUCUCAAUGACUCCUUGGAACAGAUUCCUUGCAAAAUUUUGAUGCUUUGCUAUGGAAAAGACUGUGAAGAGUUCAAGCCUGAAAAAGUGGAGCAUUUGCUAGCUGAGGAUCUAUUUCCUGCUUCUCUUUCAACUAAGGAGAUAACUAAGCACUGGGUCUUCAUUUUCUCACUUUUUACACCUCCUCAUCUGAAGGCGUUGAACAUCAUUUUAUCUCAAAAACGAAGGUUGCAAAAGGAGAUACAAGACUACUUAGCUCUCCAGAACAGAGAUGAUGACCAGUGCCUGGAGGACAUUGAAAUGAAAAUUAAGAUAUCAAUUGUGAAAAUGUCAGCAUUGUUCACAGAGCCUGCUAAAGCAAAAGAGUGCUUUCAUAAGCUGGACAAAGUGAAAGAUAAGGGAAUAUUUAAUGCACUGGAAAAGGUGUUAACUCAAGUGGCUGGAGGAAAUGCUCAGGUGAUAAGGGAUAAUCUUUUGACAGCAAUUGGAGAUAGCAGUCCACAUUUUGAGUUUCUGCAAUUACUCUUCAAGAAGUGCUCAUUUAAUAUAUUUAAUUCCCAGCAUGUUCACUCUAUGCUAGAGCGUCUCUCACUUGACAGAUUUAAGGAUUUGGAGCAUUCUUGUGUUCAACUCCUGUUGACUAUUGUCAAUGCAUUCCCUUCACUCCUGAGAGGUUUAGAAAUACAUUUCCGGCUUCUAUUACUGGAGGGGGUGAUCCCCAUCAAUGACCUGUUGCUUCAAAUGCUAGCAAACGGACCAUGCAUUGGUAUCAAAUUAAGUGAUAUUUAUUUUUCCCUGGAGAGGAUAUGCUUGGAGGGUAGUCGCACUCAAUCUAAACUUGCUUGUUCUGCAAUUGCUGCACUGCUUGGUCCUUCAGAUCAAUUCCUUUUUCCGGAUUUGUGCAAGAAACUUGUGGAUUCUCUACAUAUGGGGCAGCAUAUUCAAACUGUUUUGCAGUCUUUGGGCUGUUUGGCACAGCAUUCCGUUGUAGCAUUUGAAGCACAUGAGCAGGAGGUUACUCAUUUUAUCACCAAGGAGAUAUUCCAAUCAAAUGAUGCUGGCACAUCAGAAGAUCAGGAUUUGCUAGAGAACUCUUCAAAUUGCAGCAGCUAUUGCAAAUUGAAGAUUUUUGGGCUUCAAAUGCUGGUGAGGAGCUUUUUGCCACACAAACACACACACAUUAGUCGUCCUAUCAGUUUUUUGCUAGAUAUUAUCCUACAUAUGCUUCAGAAGGGUGCCUUCACUCACAGUAUGAUAUCAAGUGAUUCUGAUAGAGCUCAUUAUAGAUUGGCUGCUGCAAAGUCUGUUCUUCGGCUUUCAAGGAGGUGGGAUUUGCAUAUUUCACCAGAGAUUUUCCGCCUUACAGUUUUGAUGGCUAAGGAUAAUUCUCCUUUUAUACGUGAACACUUUGUAAAUAAAGUGCAAAAGCUUUUGAGGGUGCAUAAAAUACCUUGCAGAUAUGCUUGUGCUUUGUCAUUUGCUGCGUCAGACUCUCCAGAACAUCUGAGUGAUAUUUCGAUGCAAAAUUUGGAGGAAUUUAUAAAGGACUAUAGCGAUACAGCUAGAGUGCACCAAACUUCAGUAAUGCCCAGAAAAGUGACAGAUUCUCCUGUUUACACUGUCAUUUUCUUGAUCCAUGUUCUUGCCCAUGACACAAGUUUCCCCCCAAUUGAAAGUCAAGAUGAAGAGGUUUACACUCAGUUUUUUAGGCCACUUAUUCUUACACUCAAGGCAUUGGUUGAUGUUAAUUGCUUGGAUCGGGAUAUGGAUUCUAUCACUCAUGAUGUUUCAUACUUAAGAAAUCUUUUUCAUGCAAUCAAAAAGGCAGAGGAUGCUAUUGAUGACCAUAUGACUCAUAAACUUCAUAUUUUAGCAGAUAUUGGAAUUUCUUUUUUGAAUUCAUUGGGUAACAGCAGUUUCUCUUCAUCUCAUACUCCUGGACUUAUUCUACUGCCAUCGUCACUGUACAAAAUUAGUUCUGGUUACAAAUGCCAGGGAGGUGGUAAUUCUUUGAAGCACUGCCAACUUGAUAAAUCCUUCACCAAUAAAUUUCUUCAGCAUAUCAUAAGUGCAUCUUGGACAGCUAGAAAUAUUGGUAAAAGUUACCCAAAAAGUCAAUCAGAUUCAUUGCGUACACAUGCAACUAAAAGAUUGAAAUCAGAAUCAGCAUUUUGCAAGAAAGGCUAUAUCCCACUCACUACAACUAGAGAGCAGUGUCAUAAUCCACAUUCAGAUCAAAACGAGCCAAAUGAAACCCUGCGCCACCUCACUGGUAGAGGAAAGGAAAAUGAACCUAUGUUAUCAAUUUCUGCUCCUGUUGAAAGGGGUGAACAGAGAAACUCUGGAGAAGUGAUCAGAAAUGAACUUCUUCCAUCUAACAAUCAUGUUAUGGUAGGAUCCAUGUGCAGUCAGAAGGGUGAGCAUUUAUUUUCCUUAAAAGAAAUUGGUACAGUCACAAGAUGUAACAGUACUGCUGAACAAACUAAAUCAUCAACACGUACUACGUCAAAAGAUCAUGUCUCCCAGGAUAUCCCAAAUCAAGGUGAAACAUUAAUUGGGCAUCAUAUGGAACUGUCUUCUGUUGACAGACGUUCUUGUUCAGGAUUAGUGGAAGGUUUUGAUUCCUGCAAUAGUGCAGACAAGGAUUCAGAUGCACGCCAAUCAAGGUUCUGUGACAACAGAGAAGGUGCCUUCUGCCAAGAAAACGCAUCAGUGGAUAAGAGCAAAUUUCAGGGCAGAAAGAUUCCUCUGACUGCAAGCUUAAAGAAGAGAGAGCAACUGCUUGUUGACUCAUCAUCUUCUGAAGUCAUUGGUGGCAAUAAAGAUGCUAUGAAGCGUAGGACUCGAAGACGAAAAGUUUGAGGUGUUUUGUCAAACAGAUAAACAAAUGGACAUCUGGCUAUGUUUUUGUACUGUAUCCAAUUGCCAACAUCAAUCUUCCAGUGAAUAUGUUUUUGUUUUAUUGUUAGCAACAGUUGGAUCAAACUACAGUUGGCUAAAUUAAAGUUAGUUAUGAUAGAUUGUUAUUGCUUUCUGACAACUGAAAUUCAUAUGAUAUUGACUAGUGGGAUAUCAUAAAAACUAAUGCAUUCUAAACUUACAUAA